AUGGAGCCCUUCUCGUUUGCGACGUCGAACCAGUUGGAGUACCCCGUCAGCAUUCGCAUCAUCAAUCUUGAGGGCGCUGAGGCCCCACUGCCCUUCUCAUAUCUUGAAGAACACCCAGAACUCCGGCACAUUGGAUCCAACCAAAGUCCACAUUCCGACCUCUAUGUAACCGUUCAGGUUUGGGCAGGCUCCAAGCCUCUAACUGUCCCUGUCCAAACCGCCUACAAGUCCUUCCGGACUGAGAGGAGGUGGAAUGAGUGGCUGACGCUGCCAAUCACAUAUUCCACUCUCCCACAAAAUUCGCGUCUUGCCAUUACCCUCUGGGAUCUGUCUCCUACAGGAGGGCCAGACGCACAGGGUCAUGCAAUCCCCUUUGGCGGAACCACACUGCCGCUGUUUGAUAAGGACAACCAGCUCAACAAAGGCCGCCAAAAGUGCCAUGUCUACAGACACCGGCGCGCCGACGGCAACGAUGAUACCAAGACGCCCGCCAUUCUUCCCAAGAAGAGGGCGAAAAAAGGCGCGCCUGAAGAUGUCGAAGCCGAUGAGCUAGAAAGGAUGGAGAAGCUGUUCAAGAAGCACGAGAUGGGCGAGAUUCCCCGCGUGGACUGGCUUGACCAGCUUGUAUUCCGUGGCUUUGAACGGCGUGGGUUGCAGUCGGCCACAUCGCCGGCGUUACGAGCGGCCCAGCUGCAAAGAACAGCGCAAUCCAGUAGCUCAAAGGGUGUCAACGAUACUAACGGAGUGCCGGAACCGUCUAGCUUCCUACUCAACGUCGAACUGCCCAAGUUCGAUUUCCCUGUCGUCUUUGCUGAUCAUGAAUACGUGCCGCCGCCUGUCUCGUCUCUUCAGCCUUCCAUCACGCAGUCCAACGUUAUCCUGAAACCCCCGCCCGAGGUCCAAUUCGGCCCAGGAAUUAACGCAAUGGAUGACGAUGACGGCUAUGGCGGGCGCCUGAUCCGAGUAUAUGAUCCCGAAGUUGCGGCCAGGGACAACCCUGCGGAGAGCAAGCACCGGAGGCUUGUGCGGAGUCAGCAUCGCAACGGAAUUCUGGACAAGGACUUGAAACCCAACUCCAAGGUUCGAGACGAGCUGAAUCAAAUAACGUCUUAUUCACCGACGCACACGCUGUCACCGGAGGAGAAAGACCUGAUCUGGAAGUUCCGCCAUCAUUUGACACGGAACAAGAAGGCGCUUACCAAAUUUGCCAAGUCUGUCAACUGGCAAGAUCAGUCAGAGUCCAGGCAGGCCGUGCAGAUUCUCGGGAAGUGGACCGAUAUCGACGUUGAUGACGCCCUGGAACUUCUCGGUCCUAGCUUUGACAACGCGGCACUGAGAGCGUUCGCCGUUGAGCGCCUGCGCAAGGCCGACGACAACGAGUUGCUUCUAUACCUUCUGCAGCUGGUGCAAGCUUUGAAGUAUGAACACAUUUCGCCCCAGUCUAACCAUGAAGCAACGCAGGAUUCGUCUCUUGCCCGCUUCUUGAUCUCGAGGGCCGCCAACAGCUUCACGCUUGGGAACUACUUUUGGUGGUACGUAAUGGUCGAGUGCGACGACAAGUCGCAGGACCAAGGGCCCGAUAAUCGGGCCAUCUACGGAAAGAUCGCCUACGACUUCAUGGCGGAGCUUGUCAAACAACCAGACGGGGUAGCGACAAGAAAGACUUUGCUGAGACAAGGCGAGUGGAUUUGUAUCCUCUCCAAAAUAUCGGGAGAAAUCAAAGAGUCGAACGAAUCCAUCGCCAGGAGAACGGAGCGGGUAAAGCACUUCUUAGCCGACCCCAAAAAUGAGCUUGUCACAAUCGACCCGCCGUUACCGCUGCCUCUGGACCCGUCGGUGGAGAUUACCGGAGUUGUCCCUGAAGAGACUGUGGUGUUCAAGUCGUCCCUACAUCCGAUCAAAGUGACUUUCAAGACCACGACAGGCCGGAAGUAUCCCAUCAUCUUCAAGACAGGUGACGAUCUCCGCCAGGACCAACUCGUGAUCCAGAUUAUCACGCUCAUGGACGACCUGCUGCAGAAGGAAAAUCUAGACCUCAAGCUCUCACCGUACAAGAUCCUGGCCACAAGCACCAGUGCUGGCCUAUCACAGUUUGUCCACUCCAUGAGCUUCCAGGCGAUCACAUCCAAGUACCGCAACAAUCCUGCUCUCGCCUAUCUCAAACAAAACAACCCGGACAGCCAUGGCCCCAUGGGCCUGCGAAAGGAGACGCUGGACACAUUCGUGAAGUCGUGCGCUGGGUACUGCGUCAUCACGUACAUCCUGGGUGUUGGCGACAGGCACCUUGAUAACCUCCUCCUGGCACCUGACGGACACUUUUUCCACGCCGACUUUGGGUACAUACUCGGGCGUGAUCCUAAGCCGUUCGCCCCGGCAAUGAAGCUUUCCAAGGAGAUGGUGGACUGCAUGGGCGGCUCCAACUCGGAGUACUACCGCCAGUUCAAGCAGUACUGCUUCCUGGCGUACAGCGCUCUCCGCAAGAACAGCAAUCUCAUACUGAACCUGUUUAGUUUGAUGGUGGACGCCAACAUACCGGACAUCAAGCUCGAGCCGGACAAGGCUGCCCUGAAGGUCAAGGAGCGCUUCCAUCUGGAGCUGAGCGAGGAAGAAGCGAUUCGGCAUUUGGAGAGGAUCAUGGACGACAAUCUCAACGCUCUAGUACCUGUCGUCAUUGAUAAGCUCCAUGAGCUUGUACAGGCCUUCAGGGCGUGA